AUGGGGACACACUUGGAACAGCUGUCAGAUCCGAAAGCAACUAGCAGUAGCGGCAGCCCACCGACCAAUUUGGCUUUUCCAAUCAAAUUACAUGUUUUCUGCUUCUUGCACCACAGGUUAGUGCGCGAGUAUGUUGAACAAUAAGAAAAUGUUGUUGUUGUUGUUGUUGUUGAAUGGUAUUCCUACAAAAACAAACGAUUGCUUGAGCUAACAAAACAAACUCGAGUUGUCAGACAAGCUAACCUUUCAAGAGAGAUCAAGAAGCCUCUCUACUCUGUUCGUGUUACUGGGGGUUGUUCUGGGUCCUGCCCUGUGUAGCGGUUUCUUGUUUUGUUCUCAUGAGCCUGUUGUCACAUGGAUUAAGAACAUCUGACCUGUGAGUCGUUUUUGCAGGGUUAGAUUGAUAAUAACGAGUCAAAUGUAGAUGAGGAGCUUAUUUUUAACCCCCAUGAGUUGGAGAUGGCUCCUAUGUUACACUUCUUCUUUAAAGGGAUAUUCCGGCGUAAAAUUAAUUUGGCCUCAAACACACUGUAACACAGAGUUAGACACCCCCUCGAGAUAUGAAUGUUGGCGACCGCUUGCUUUUCCAGUUAUACCAACUUUAGUAGCGACCACAGGAUACCAGUACACAGCGGUCUGAGGAGCCACACACAAACCUCAACCAAAAAGCCAAUCUACAGCUACAAAAAAUUGAUCAGAACAGCACCAAACUUCUUCAACAGUACAUAUAGAGUUCUGGCCAUAGUACUAGCCAUCAAACAUAUUUUUAGCUUUGCCUGAUUUCUUUAGCAAAGAGACUAAACACAUCCCACCUACUCUCUUCAAGCAGCCACUUGUUUGUAGCGAGACCUCCAGACGAGUCAAUCAACUGCAGCAGGGUCACGCAGCUCAAGGAAGAACAUUUAUGAUCAUUACUUUAUCACAUCAAGAGGAGUCAGCUGAGGUGGCUCGGGCAUCUGGUUAGGAUGCCCUCUGGACGCCUCCCGUUAGAGGUGUUCCAGACAUGUCUCACCGGGAGGAGGCCUCAUGGCCGGACCAGGACCAGGUGGAGGGAUUAUGUCUCUCGCCUGGCCUGGGAGUGCCUGGGAAUCCCCCCGGAGGAGCUGGUGGACGUGGCUGGGGUGAGGGCCGUCUGGGCUGCUGCCUCCGCAACCUGGACCCGGAUGAAGCGGAAGAAAAUGAAGACUUUAUCAUUUCCUUGAAGUAAUAAUCACCAUAUUAAUCAUUUUGCACUGCAGAUGCCGUAGUUCUUCUGUUUUAGCGUCUUAGUCUGAUUGCUGCAGGGUGACGCGGCUCAAGUAAGAACAUCUAUGAUCAUUUCCUCAUGGAAAUGCAAUCAGACCGAGACGCUUAAACAGAAGAACUAUCGCGUUUGCAGUGCAAAAUGAUAAAUAUGGUGAUUAUUAUUUAAAGGAAAUGAUAAAGUAAUGAUCAUAAAUGUUCUUCCUUGAGCUGCGUCACCCCGCUGCAGUUGCUGGACUCGCCUGGAGGUCUCGCUACAAACAAGCAGCUGCUGGAAGAGAGUAGGUGAGUUGUGUUUAGUCUCUUUGCUAAAGAAAUCAGGCAAAACUAAAAAGAUGUUUGAUGGCUAGUACUAUGGCUAGGACCCCAUCUGUACUGUUGAUCAAGUUAGGUGCUGUUCUGAGCAUUAUUUGUGGUCGUUACUAAAGUUGGUAUAACUAGAGGAGCAAGUAGUCAUCUCAACAUUCAUUCAUCUCUCGAGGGGGUGUCUAACUCGGUGUUGCGGUGUGUUUGACCUUAAAUUAAUUUUACGCUGGAAUAUCCCUUUAACUUUGCAAAUGUAACAUGUGCUUCUUUUUGUUUCUCUGUCUUACUCUUCAUUACGUCACCUACAGUAAGCAGCCGACUCUUAAAAAAACUCAAUUAUUUGUUCUUAGAUUGAAAGAUAGGAAGCAUGGAGCCUGCGUGCCGUAAAGACAAACCAAAGCUGAACUCCACCCCAACAAGAGGAGACAGAGCGAAGCAGAAGUCUGCCCAACAAGAGCUAAAACAGCGACAGAGAGCAGAGGUAAUCAACAUGACACUUAAUUCAGUAUACAGCAGAACAUUAUGCUCCAGAUACUGUAUAUUGUAUUUUUCGUUGCUUUUUACUUCUGUCUCUUUUCACCAGAUUUAUGCCCUGAACAAGGUGAUGACAGAGUUAGAGCAGCAGCAGUUUGA